AUCGACCGUUGUCAUUGUAUUUCAUCUGACAAGCUAUUUGGACUCGAGGCCGCUCUACCAAACAUAAGAAUUAUCUGUCCGCGGACAUCCGCGGACCACCUGAUUCAUACUUCUUUAUUGGACAGCAUGAAACGGAAAAGCAGAGGUGACCCUAUCGAAACGAUCCACAGGUGGAAUAAACCACCUUUAUCAUGUCGCGAGUGUCGUGAGAAGAAACGGCGUUGUGACCGUACCCAGCCUUGCUCGAACUGUGUAAUUAGGAAGAUCUCAUGCGAGUAUCCUGGCCACGGCCCCGAAGAUGUGCCUAAAGAUGUGCCUGCCACGGAAGCAUCGACGGAAUCCACUUCGUGGCAUUCCAAUCAGAACCGUCCAGAUCAAGACUCCGCUCAUACGAAGCUAGUUGCACACAACGCCGAUGAGCUUCUGUUCCGCAUACGUAGAUUAGAAGAAGCAUUAGCCGAAAGGCCAAGUUCAACCCGAGAACCAGAUGGCAAGCGUCAAUGUGUAUAUCCAGCCAAAGCUUCAGCUUCUAGUGGCCCCUAUGUCACCCCAUUCAAUUGCCACCUUAUGGCCACUCAGGAUAAGUAUGAAGAAGGGCCUAAACUAUUCGAUUUUGCGAGGAAUCUUCCUCCUUUACGACAGGCUCGAGAGCUGUUUGAUCACUUUACAACCACACUACAACCCACCUUUGGGGUGCUUCACGUUCCUUCAACAAAAGAAUUACUAGAAAAGGCUUACAAUGACUUGCUGGAAGGUGAAGAGCCAUCUGCGGCGAAUUUGAUGUUGCUGUUUAGCAUCUUUGCUGGAGCCGCUCUGAUCUGGACACCCCGGCUUCUUGAGACGCUACAAUCUACUCGUGAAGAGUCCAAGGCGGCUUUCAAGACAUAUGCUCGCCUUGCUUUGGAUAUUCUGGAACAUCCGCGUCUCCUCGUUCAAGCAUCGACUACAGCCCUUGUGGCUAUUGCAAUUAUGGCUUAUUUGCUGAUGAACACCGAUGGGUUUCCACUCAAAGUACAUCUUCUUCGGCAUCGUUGUCUACUGAUGGCACGAGAGAUGCAAAUACACCGCUUAGAUACGACUCAAAGCCGCGAGGCGCGGCGGUCACAGGGAUGUAACAUGAUCGAGGUCGAGGUUCAGAGACGUGUAUGGUGGAACAUGGUAGCCUCUGACUGGCUACUUUCAUUUCAUGGCAGUCCACAUGAAGGAGCAUACACCUUUCACCCCAAACAUAUGAAUGUCCACUUUCCCAGCAAUACUGACGAUGAAUUCAUCACACCAAGGGGUAUUCAGCAGGAAUUCCCCCUGUCUAUUCCUACCUCCAUGUCCGCCUUUAUUAUACGAGUGAAAGUCGCCUCGCUAUGUCGGGAAGUUAUCGACGCCCUACCACCUGUACUGAUUGAAUCCACCCAGCCCGAUUACGAUACCAUUCUUGAACUGGAUGCCAAAUUCCAGAACCUCCUCAACGAACUCCCCGUGUGCUUCAAAACGGACCCCGCCAGUAUGGAGCAAAGCCGGCAAAUAUUUAAGCAAAGACCCACCAUUGCCUGGCAGCGUAUCAGUAUCCAUUUUAGCAUCCAUAUCCGGCUGUGCCGACUCCAUCGGCCAUAUCAUCUGGAAGGGAUCACAAAUCCUAAAUACGCAUACUCCCACAAAGUGUGUAUCCAAUCUGCACAGACCGUGCUGGAGCUGCGUCGCUCAAUGGAUGAGAUUGGCAACGAGGUUGGGCUGAAAGCAGGGCAGUUCUUGACGGUGGUGCACCAUGUCUUCUUCGCGGCUCUGAUCUUGGCCAUGGAUGUCUCUUUCCACCCUUCUGCGCCGGACGCGGAGGAUCGCAAAGCCAAGGUGCUAGCUGCGUACCAGACGCUGGAGAAGUCGAAACAGGAAUCGAACUACCUGCUAGAAGGGAUUCAAAAGAAUCUUCAGACUCUCAUGGCCACGCUCCAGAAACAUGAUCGGACUACCCAGGAAGACCAAGAGUCUGUAUUACCAUCCACGGGCCUCGGCUACUCAGCCACGAUACAGCCUUCUUCUACGGUGAUAAUGGAUGGAUUAGUAGAUGGUAGAGGUACCUUGAACGACGAUCUUAACGAAGAGGGCUGGGAACGAUUAUGGUCUGAGUUUGUGGCCGCAGCGCCCGAGUUGGACGCCCCGCAGUGGAGUUCGCUGUUGGAAGAUGUCGACUUUAACCCACGACUGGAUGUCUUUUAGGCGAUCAGGGGAUUAAAAUAGAAUCGCGAUCGACCGCUCAAAAAGGCCCUUACUCGUUCUGCUUGGGAUACUUUUCCUUUUUCUUUUUUUGCUGCUUCUCCACACGGGUACUUUAAGGUAAUGAACAAACAGCCAGGCCAGACUUAGGGCCACCAUGACGAACGAGAUUUACUGCCACAGGUAGUACGGUUCUUGUACAGUACAGAAUAAGCCAU